CGCGCGCUCAGAGCGCCAAGUGACCCGAGAGCGUCGGGGUCGUGCGGCCCUCCCUCCCUCUCCUCUCCCUCCCUCCCUCCGCUGGGAGCCCGGGCUUCAUCUCCGCGUGUGGCAAUGUCAGCCCUGGCGCCCGAGGAGAGGCCGCCAUCCCUGAGAGACCCCCCAUCGCCGCUUCCGGCCGGGGCUCGGUAUUUCUGUACUGUCGGCCGCGGCCUGGAGCCCUUCCUCAUGCGGGAGAUUCGAGCCCGCUUAGCAGUGACUCAGGUUGAGUAUGUUUCAGGGAAGGUUUUUUUCACUACCAAUUCUGGUUUAACAAUGCUGAAGCAACUAAAAUCUGCAGAAAGACUAUUCUUGCUGCUUAAAAGGCAACCUCCACUUAUCAUUUCUUCUAGAAGUAAAGGAAAAGUAUUUAAUGAAAUUCAAAGACUAGUAACUGGUGAUCCCAUGUGUUGGGUGCGUGCUGUUUCCAUUUGGAGAAGUCUUGAACUGGAAGAAAAUCUUCCACCUGAAGUGGCCAAACCCUCCAAAAGGAAGACAGGAGAAAAUGAAAACAUCGUUACUAAGAAGUUAAAAAUAGAACAAACACUGGCGAUGCCAGGGGAUGCAGAAUGUCAGCUGGAAAAGCAAAACAGUGACAAGAUGGAGGAGCAUAAAGAUCUGACAACUGAAAAAGAAAACUUUCAAGAAGAAAAAUCUGAAAAUGAUGGGGAGAAAGAAGUUGAGCAUCACCAGGGCAAACUCACUUUCAGAGUUUCUUGUCGCUGUAGUGGAACAAUUGCAAAAACAUUUACCACAGAGGAGGUGGGAAGGGUAAUUGGAAUUGCUCUUAUAAAGCAGUUUGGCUGGAAAGCAGAUUUGAGAAACCCCAGUUUAGAGAUAUUUAUACAUCUAAAUGACAUUUACUCCGUGGUGGGGAUUCCUGUUUUCAGGCUUCCUUUGGCAAGCAGAGCUUAUAUCAAGGUGGCAGGACUUCGUUCUACUAUAGCUUGGACAAUGGCAUCUCUUGCUGAAAUCAAUGUUGGUGCAGUAGUUUUGGAUCCAAUGUGUGGACUUGGAACAAUCCUGUUGGAAGCUGCCAAGGAAUGGCCUAACGCCAGUUAUUUGGGUGCUGAUGUAAGUGACUCACAGUUACUGGGUGCUUUUGACAAUCUGAAAUCUGCUGGUCUCAUGGACAGAAUAGAAUUAUUUAAGUUCUGUGUAACAGAAUUGCCAUUACUUUCCCAAAGUGUUGAUGUUAUUAUUUCUGAUGUUCCAUUUGGAAAAAAAUUUAAAUUAGGAAAAGACAUAAAAAGCGUUCUUCAUGAAAUGGAAAGAGUACUUUGUGUUGGAGGAACUAUUGUAUUAUUGCUUAGUGAAGAUCUCCACAAGUACCUACAAGAUUAUAAGGAAAGUAACAUCACAUGGAAUUCCAGUAAGGACAGUACAGAUGAAUUCAAAAUUGUAAAAUAUGUGAAUGCUGAAGAAAAAAACAGAAUUCAAGAGAAUGUUUCAUCUUCAUUUCAGGAUGUUAGACAAGAAUGUUUGGACAAAAGGCCACUUUUUGGCACCCUGGUGCAGAUGGAAUGCCACAAAGUGAGCCUUGGAAGAACCGAGGCAUUCAUAUCAAAAUAUAAGAAAAUUCAUGCUUCUGAACUACAACAGCCUUCUUAAUUUGUUUCAGGUUAUAAAUUUAGCAGUUUUAUUUUAGAUGUACAUUGGUAGAAGACCAAUGAUCUUCAUACCAAAGUCCACAGUAAAUUUUACCACAGUAAAUUCCAUUAAAAUUAUCACACAGACGUGAGCAGUGGGAAGUCCUGCCACCACUGAAGCUAAUCUUCUCCUCUUCUCUUCCCUCCUUGCCUCCUCCACAGUUUUCUUGAACUUACCCAAAUGGCCAGUCAGCAAGGAAAAGAGAACCGCCAGGGCAUCUUUACCCUCUGCUUUUCCUGAGCUCCUCUCCCCGUUAGAGUCAGCCAGAAUCCAUUGAGAGUACUCUAACGUUCAGAUGACUUCAUUGAGAUGGGUGUCACAAUGCUAUUCUUUCUGAUGAAUUAGAGGACUACUAACCAGGCCUUACAGUCUGCCCUACCAGUACCUCCUAAGGUCGUAUUUGUAAAGCGCUUACCAUGGAGUACCUGGCACAUAGUAGGUGCUUAAUAAUACUUGUUCUCUCCCCUCCCUUUCCUCUUCCCUCUUCUUUUUCUUCUAACCCUCCUGACACCUUCCCUACUGUAUCUGACCUGUCGAUGUAAUGUAAGGAUCAACUGGCCCUUGCCAUGUGCCGUCUCUUAGGAUUUCCAUCCCACUGCAGCUUCUUUUAUGUGUUGUCUCCUCCCCAAUUAGAGUAUGAGCUCUUUGAAAGCAAGGACAAUCUCACUUUUGUAUGAGUCACCCAUGAUUAACACACUGAGUGUCACAUAGUAAAUGUUUAAUAAAUGCUUUUUCAUUCAUUUCAUUCAUUCGUAGAUCCUCACUUAAAAAUGUCUACUUUCAUAGUGUUUUGCUUAUUAGAGAUUUAGUGUUUUUAUUAACUAAAACAUCUUUAAAAAUGAUAUUAUAAAUGAUAGAAUUUAAAUAACUGGCGCUGAGGCUUUCUCAAAAUAAGAGGUGCAACUACCCUAGGCACUGUUUAUUAGGCAGGCAUUUCAUCAAAAAAAAAAAAAGAUUUUUAAUAUUUUUAGUAGUUCAAAUUAAGUAUAUUGCAAGCAAGUAUGAUAUAGCACAGAAUGGAUAUUUUGUAUUAUAGUUCAUUUUAUAAAUAUAGAAAUUCUUAUUUUAUUAAAUGGAAAAAUAUUCUGUGAAGCUGAUUUGAUAUGAAUCUAGACGUUUAUAUAAUCCUAUGUUUUCCUUCUUUGUAAGAAUGAGAAUUAUUUUCAUUUUCAGUAUAUUGUGUCACCCAUAUUAAGGAUAACGUCACUGAAUUGAUCAUGCAGAUGUCAGUAGUGCCAAUAUAUUUAGGAUAAUGAAAAAUAAACUUACUUUUAAAGUGUU